AUGACCCCACUGCUCUUGUCCCUAAUGGCUGCCCUGGCCCAGGUUCCUGUGGCCUUAGCUGAUACCCUGGAAAGGGACAGCUCAGAGGACCGGGCCUUCAGCGUCCGCAUCGCAGGCACCGCGCCGCUGCAGGGCGUGCUGGGCGGCGCCCUCACCAUCCCAUGCCACGUCCACUACCUACGGCCACCGCUGAGCCGCCGGGCAGUGCUGGGUUCCCCGCGUGUCAAGUGGACCUUUCUGUCCGGGGGCCGAGAGACCGAGGUGCUGGUGGCGCGGGGGCUGCGGGUCAAGGUGAGCGAGGCCUACCGGUUCCGCGUGGCGCUGCCCGCCUACCCUGCGUCGCUCACCGAUGUCUCCCUGGCGCUGAGCGAGCUGCGGCCCAACGACUCGGGCAUCUACCGCUGCGAGGUCCAGCAUGGCAUAGAUGACAGCAGCGACGCUGUGGAGGUCAAGGUCAAAGGGGUCGUCUUUCUCUACCGGGAGGGCUCUGCCCGAUAUGCCUUCUCCUUCAUUGGGGCUCAGGAAGCGUGUGCCCGCAUCGGGGCCCACAUCGCCACCCCAGAGCAGCUCUACGCUGCCUACCUCGGGGGCUAUGAGCAGUGUGACGCUGGCUGGCUGUCCGACCAGACUGUGAGGUAUCCCAUUCAGACCCCAAGAGAAGCCUGUUACGGAGACAUGGAUGGCUUCCCUGGGGUUCGGAACUAUGGGGUGGUGGACCCAGAUGACCUCUAUGAUGUCUACUGUUAUGCUGAGGACCUAAAUGGAGAGCUAUUCCUGGGUGCCCCUCCAGACAAACUGACAUUGGAAGAAGCAAGGAUGUACUGCCAGGAACGGGGUGCAGAGAUUGCCACCACGGGUCAGCUGUAUGCAGCCUGGGAUGGUGGUCUGGACCGCUGCAGUCCAGGCUGGCUGGCUGAUGGCAGUGUGCGCUACCCCAUUGUCACACCCAGCCAGCGCUGUGGUGGGGGCCUGCCUGGUGUCAAGACCCUCUUCCUCUUCCCAAAUCAGACUGGUUUUCCCAACAAACAUAGCCGCUUCAAUGUCUACUGUUUCCGAGACUCUGCCCACCCCUCUGCCAUCCCUGAGGCCUCCAACCCAGCCUCUGACCCAGCCUCUGAUGGACUGGAACCCAUUGUUACAGUGACAGAGACCCUAGAGGAGCUGCAGCUGCCUCAGGAAGCUGUGGAGAGCGAGUCCCGUGGAGCCAUCUACUCCAUUCCCAUCAUGGAGGAUGGAGCAGGUGGUAGUUCCACUCCUGAAGACCCUGCAGAGGCCCCUAGAACCCUCCUAGAAUCGGAAACCCAAUCCAUUAUACCUCCCAUGGGGUCUUCAGAAGAGGAAGUCAAAUUGUUGGAGAAAGAAGAGAAAUACAAGGAUGAAGAAGAGAAAGAGGAGGAGGAGGAUGUGGAAAAUGAAGCCCUGUGGACCUGGCCUAGCAAGUUUGGCAGCCUGGGUUCUAAGGCACCUUUCCCCACCAAGCCCACACUAGAGGAAUCACUGUCCCAGGCAUCCCCACCAGAGAAGGUGGUCCUGUGGCCUGGUGUAUCACCACCUCCUGGUGCUGAGUCAGAGGCUCCCAGGCCUCCUAGGAUCCGUGGGCCACCCACUGAAACCCUACCUACUCCCAGGGAGGGAAAACUGGCAUCCCCACCACCUUCCACACCAUUUAGGGCAAGAGAAUUGGGGGAAGAGAACAGGGGUCCUGAGCUGUCUGAGGUGCCCCGAGGAGAGAGUGAGGAGACAGGGAGCUCCGAGGAUUCCCCUUCGCUACUUCCAGUCACACGGGUCCCUGAGGGCACCAGGGAGCUGGAAGAGAAUUCUGGAAGAACUGCCUCAGCAGGGACCUCAGUGCGAACCCAGCCAGUCCUGCCCACUGAUAGUACCAGCCGAGGUGGAGUGGCUGUGGCCCCCUCAUCAGGUGGUUGUGUCCCCAGUCCCUGCCACAAUGGUGGGACAUGUUUGGAGGAAGAGGAAGGGGUCCGCUGCCUGUGCUUGCCUGGCUAUGGGGGGGACCUAUGCGAUAUUGGCCUCAGCUAUUGCAGCCCCGGCUGGGACGCCUUCCAGGGCGCCUGCUACAAGCACUUUUCCACACGGAGAAGCUGGGAGGAAGCAGAGACCCAGUGCCGGAUGUAUGGCGCGCACCUGGCCAGCAUCAGCACGCCCGAGGAACAGGACUUCAUCAACAAUGGAUACCGGGAGUACCAGUGGAUCGGGCUCAAUGACCGGACCAUCGAAGGCGACUUCCUGUGGUCGGAUGGGGUUCCCCUGCUCUAUGAAAACUGGAAUCCUGGGCAGCCUGACAGCUACUUCCUGUCUGGAGAGAACUGCGUGGUCAUGGUGUGGCAUGACCAGGGACAAUGGAGCGAUGUGCCCUGCAACUAUCACCUGUCCUAUACCUGCAAGAUGGGGCUGGUGUCCUGUGGGCCCCCACCAGAGCUACCCCUAGCUCAAGUGUUUGGCCGCCCACGACUACGCUAUGAAGUGGACACAGUGCUUCGAUACCGGUGCCGGAAGGGGCUCGCCCAACGCAACCUGCCGCUGAUACGCUGCCAGGAAAACGGUCGCUGGGAGCCUCCCCAGAUUUCCUGUGUGCCUCGAAGGCCCGCCCGAGCUCUGCACACUGGGAAGGCCCCAAGAGGACACCAGGAGUGGCUGCAGGGACACUGGAAGGCACUAUUGACCCCUCCUUCCAACCCCAAUUCAGGUCCACGGGGGGCAAGGCCUUGAACACUGCUGCCCCAAAUACUGCCCUCUCCCCCAACCCUC